AUGAGGUUUUUAUUUGUGUUAAGCUUGGCUCUAAGCUUUUAAAUAACUUUUUAAAAUAUAUUAAAUAUUCCCCUGACAAAAUAGGAGGCCAAUAAUGAAUCAGUUAAGCAAAAUAGAAGCUUUUUACAAUCAUAUAGUGUUAAUUCUUUGGUUAACUAUGAAUUGGCACACUAUUAUGGUACUAUUCAAGUUGGGAGUUAGAAUCAAACAUUUAAGGUUAAUUUUGAUACAGGUUCAGAUACCUUAUGGAUACCUAGUAAAGAUUGUGUCUAGAGUGGUAAAUGCUAGGGAUUAAAUGUACACUAUGAUUGCUCUGCUUCAAAUGGAUGCAGUUAAACAACAAAAUAAUACUCUAUAUAAUAUGGAACAGGAGAAAUUAGUGGUUAUAUAGCAACUACUACUGUCGGUGUUUGUGGACUUUAGCAAGUUUAGUAGUCCUUCGUUUUAGUAUAACAAACCUAAGACUUCUAAAAUAGUUAAUAUGACUGUCUACUUGGUUUAGGAAUGUAUGAUUUAAUUAAUGGUAAUGGUAACUCAUUUGUUACUAAUAUGAAGAAUAACGGAAUAAUUUAACAAGAUAUGUUUAGUUUUUAUCUUGGAUUUGGCAAGAGCGAUUCUUAACUAGUUUUUGGAGGUUUUGAUCCUAAAAAAGUAGCUGACACUUCCUAAAUUUAUUUUCAUCCAGUCACGUUAAUUCAAAAAGAGUUGUAAAGAUGGUAGAUCCCAGUCAAAUAAGUUAAUUUUGAAAAAUUUAGCUAUAAUUUAAGCAUUAACAGUAAUUUUGCUCUUGUUGACUCUGGAGCAUCACUUAUUUACUUAAGCAGUGAUAUGCACAGAUAAUUUUUUACAUAUUUGAUUUAAAAUUAUAAAGUUUAUGAGAAAUCGAGUGAAUAUUAUUACACAAGUUGUAGUACCUCACUCCCCAACAUAAAUUUUAUUUUAAAUGACACUGAUGGAAUCGAAAGAUAAUAUUCUAUUCCUUCAUCUUUCUACUAUAUAGAGAUCUAAGACGAAUGUUUAAUUGGCAUUAAAAGAAUGCCAGAUAAAUUGUCAGACGUGUAAAUUAUUCUUGGUAACGUUUUCAUGAGAAGAUAUGUUACUAUAUUUACUCAUAAUAACGCUACUAUUGGUCUAACUCUAUCAGUUGCUAAUCCAGAUGAUGAUUAUAGAAAUUAUCCUCUUAAAGGAUGGUAAAUUGCUCUUAUUGUAGUAGGAGGAGUUUUAAUUAUAGGUGUUAUUUCCUACUGUUUAUACAGAAAAGUAAAAGAAAGAAGAGAAAGAAAUCGUAAUUAUCUAAAUCAAUAGCUGUUAUCAAAUUAAAAUCAGCAAUAAAUAUAUUUCUAAGGUUAAGAUGUUGCUAUAGAUGGGGAUUAUUAAAAUGAUAACAAUCAUUAAUAAGAAUAAAAUCAGUUCUAAGACUAAGGUGUUUUAAUAGAUGGCGCAAUAAAUCAUGACUAAAAUAAUAAUUAAAAUAUUGUAUAUGGACAAUCAGUUUAAGGAUGA